AUGGGCAAAUUUUGGGGUAUGACAGCUGCAAUACUCAAGAAGAACGACAUCUCCAUCAUCCCUCCUUUUAGAAACACCGUUCCUCGAGACGGUGUCACAGCGUCCCCGUCCCCUAAGGAUCUUCAAGAUGAUCAAUCUCAUCGUUUCGAAGAUACCAGCGGGAAGGACAACCACGAAGAAAGUCUGGGCAACCCCUUCCUCUCUAAAGGACAGCCUCCUCAAGACCAGACCAUAAACGCUGUCCUAGCUGCUCUUGCCCAGACUAGUGCGCUCUUGCAACAACAAAGUAACCGGAUCGAGGCCCUCGAGCAGAAACGCCGCUCAAGAACUCCCCCCGAUCACAAAACUCGUUCUCGACAUGAAAUGAUCACCAAGAAACGCCCACGUUCCCCUUCUUCCAGGAAGAAGGUGAAUCCCUCUUCCAAGAAAGGGUCGAGCGAGCAGCGUCCCCGACACCGUUCACAGUCCCCUCGGCCAAGAAGGAAAUCUAGAUCACCUCCGGCCAAGCACGACGACAACCGGAGGCGACGCAGACGUAGCCAGAGUCGAUCUUUUUCUCCAUCCGCCAGCGAUGACUAA